AUGCAGCAACAACGCGAGCAGCAGCAAGCGCUGCUGCCGCCGCAACAGCAGCAAACUCUGCAGCAGCAAACAAUGCAGCAAGAGACGCAGCAGCAGCAGCAGCAAGAGAAACAAGGCAACUCUCUGCAGCAGCUGCUGCUGCAGUUACUCAGCCAAAAGCCGCAACAUCCGCCAGCCGAAUGCCCUGCAUCGCCGCCGCAGCAGCAGCACGACAAACGGCAUCAGGAUGACCGAAUGGAGGUGCUGGAGGAGGAGCAACACGACGAGGAACAACUGCAGCUGCUCCAGCAGCAGCAACCGCAGCACGAAUCAGCAGAUACGGAGACUGACGCCGACGCUCCUCCUUCGUUGCAGCACUCUCAGGGAAAACACGAGCAGCAGCAGCAGCAGACGCAACAGGUGCUGCAGCAAGAGCGGCAGCAAAAUCAGGUACUGCAGGAAGAGCAACAGCAGCAAGAGCAGGUACUGCAGCAAAAGCAACAGCAGCAACAGCAGGCGCUGCAACACGAGCAGCAGCAGCGGGAAGGCCCUGUAUGGAGGCGCAAACGCCGUUUUCCUUUGCACUGA